GUCAUCGGAAUCCUUCCUAUACUUUACUCUCUACUCUCUCUACUCUACUCCCAAAUUUCUAAACAUUGUCUAUUCUACCAACUUCCCCAUGCUUUUCACGCCUCGAGUCCUUCCCCGAAUCAUCUCCACUCCACUCCGCUCCCCAACCUUCAUCCCCACCGUCCACCGCACCAUGUCCUCGGCCGCAACCUCCAUCGCCCAAAAGUUGGACGCCCUGCGUAAUUACUCCGCCUGCGAUGUCUCCGACGCACUGCUCAAGAUCCAAAAACUACCCGAGGGAACAACACCCCGCGCAGGCCACCUAGCCGACUUCACCCCCCUAACUCCCACAAUCGGCCGCAACACAACAACCCCCAAGCUGAUCGCCCCCGCAUCAACCUUCAAAUUCAUCCCCAAAGCCGAAUCCGCCUCGUCCGACCCCACCCACGGCUUCCCCGCCGGCACGCACUGGGUCGAUCUCGCCGAGCCGGGUACCGUCGCCGUCAUCGAGCAGCCUCAAGGCCAAUACUGCGCCGUGCUGGGCGGUAUCAUGGCGGUGCGCAUGAAGACGCUCGGCGUGGAGGGCGCGCUGGUUAAUGGGCGCGUGCGGGACUUGGACGAGAUCAGGGGGUGUGGAUUGCCGGUCUGGGCCCAAGGCACAUCAACCGUCGGAACAGGAGCCGAGGCCAAACCCGGUGCGCGCAACGUCCCCGUGACAGUCGGAGGAGGGGUGACUGUAUCUCCGGGCGACAUCAUCUUCUGCGACCCUCUCGAAGGAGUCGUCUUCAUUCCCCGGGACCUCCUCGACCAGGUGCUCGACGUCAUGCCGAAGCUGAUUGCCAUGGACGACAAGGUGAAGGAUGCGGUGGGGCAGGGGAUGUCUGUGUUUGAUGCGUUCAAGCAGUUUAGGACGAAGAUUUAGAUCUUCGUGUGAUUAUUUACUUUUCAAGAUGUGUGUAUAUAUCGGAUAUCAGGGGCGGAAUUAUUGAUGGUUUACAUGUGAUGGUGGGUUGAUCAGGAUGUACUAUUCCAUAGGUAGGUAUUGUACAUAGCAUUUCAUUCGGUUUGAUUAAAACCGUUGAUAGUUGAUAGGUAGUAUGCAAACAUCAAACCAA